GCUCCAUCAGAGAAUCGAUGCCGUCGAUAGGACGGAGUCAAGAUACAUUCGAAAAAUCUAGCGUGGAUCCAAGUGACGGUGAACGAAACGAUCAUGAAACAUUUCGCAAUGCUAAAGCUCAGGAUGGCAAGACAAAGCGAGUAGCAAAUAAAAUGCAGCCUACAUCUCAACAGGCUAAGCGAGCACGUCUACCGAAGAAGGGCACAUCCGGUGGUUCUCACCCGACACUUCAAGCUAGCAGGGAUGAAAGCAACCUAAAUCCACCGAUGGAAGCAUCACCCGUAGGACAACAAAGACCAGGCACAUCUAACGCGGCAGCAGCGGCACACAACAGUGGUUCACCUAGCCAGCCGCCCAUGGCUUCUAGAAGGACUGUCACAUCUGCACCACAAACGUCACACACAACACCAUCGCCUCGUCGUAUCUCAGUCUCAGUCUGUUCUUCCGCCUACGAGCACAACGUCAAAGGGUUCGUGUCCAAGCUUACCGAGUUGCAAACCAGACAGCCUCGUUUGAUCGCCGAUGUCCGUUUCCGGAGCCUACCGUACAACGACAUUGAUUCAUUCAAGUUUCCGUCAAGCGACCCCGUUGAUGUGAUGGUCCUCUGCCAUUCAGUCCAAAAUCGAGGGUUUUCAAUCACCAAUGUACUGAAUGCUCUCUACGAAAAACAUCUGCAAUAUUGCCAUGAUGUGAUUGGAAAGAAGAAGCUGGCUGUGAUUGUCCAUGAUUUUAGCGACUGCAAACCAAAGACUCUUGAAGUCAGGAUGGAAUCGUUCAGGAGGUCACAACCUUUGGCAUUUGAGCUCGUUGACACCGUGAUCGUAUGCGGUAGCCUGGAGGUCCCAGGCAAAAUAGAAAUGAGAGAUGAAGAUAUUACACGACUUACAACCUUCUUCAAACAAGCGAGAUAUGAACCCAAAGAGAACACUGCCGACAAGAAAUCAUUUGUGGAUACUGUCCUAGGAAAGUUCGGGUUUUAAAGAGCAAUACACCACAAAAGAAAGAAAAAAAUAUGAUUAUACUAACAAUACUACAGGGAUGAAGCGCUGUUGUGCCCUUUAAUAUCUGCAUUAUUUUUUGAUUUUGACAGAGUUAAAAGUAAAUAUAAAUGGUGUAUGAAGUGUAUGCAUAUACAUUGGUAGUUCCCUGUGAUUUAUAG